AUUCCGGUAAAUUAUUAUCUAAUAUAACAUAAUCAGCCAUACAAAAUGAAGCCAUCUCACCUCUGGAGCUUGUUCUUCUGCUUCGCGUUCAACUUGGUAAAGUCUCAAGGAUAUCGACUUCCGGAAACUCUGAUUCCUUUCCGAUAUGAAGUCGAUCUGGUGAUCCCUGAAGCGGCUUUUAGCGCCCAAAGCGCCAACUUUACAGGUAGUGUUUCCAUACAGUUCACAGCAAACACUACCACAUCGGAAAUAAAUUUGCAUCAUAGAGUGUACGCCACAAGUAUUCUUCUAAAUGAUAGCGCUGGAGGGAGCAUCUCGGCCGCUAAUAAUACGUAUAAUGAAACAACAGAAAUCUUGACCAUUUACUUAGUUGAAGCCUUGGUUGUUGCAUCGACCUACACUUUGCAGAUUGAAUACACUGCAGCCUUCGAAACAUCAGCAAUGCGAGGUUUCUACACCAGCACUUACCUGGAUGAAAAUAACGCAACUGCCUACUUACUGACCACCCAAUUUCAGCCAACUUCCGCAAGACAUGCAUUCCCCUGCUUCGAUGAACCGCAGUAUAAAGCCGUUUUUGCCAUCAAUUUAACGUAUCCAUCUGAAUAUAACGCUCUUAGUAACACUGAGAGCGUGUCGAAUGAUGCAUUUAACUCAUCGCAUACAAAGUCCGUAUACAAAGACACCACAACCAUGUCAACCUACCUGAUCGCCUUUAUCAUAUCGAAAUUCACCUGCACAACUGGGGAUACCAUCGAGAAUGGCGUGGAUCACCGGGUCUGUUCCAGAGAUGAAGAAAAGAAGGACCGGGCGUGGGCGGUUGAAGUUGGCACGCCACUGCUCCGAACUUUGGAGAGCAUGACCGGAAUUCGAUAUGCUAACUACAUGCCAAAAAUGGACCAAGUGGCUAUUCCAGACUUCUCAGCCGGAGCAAUGGAGAAUUGGGGUCUGGUCACCUACAGGGAAACUGGCUUACUGUUCAGUGAAGAACAUACCUCAAACGUCUACAAGAAGAGCAUCGCCUUGGUGAUCGCGCACGAAUUCACUCACAUGUGGUUCGGAAACUUGGUCACCUGCAAAUGGUGGGACUACACCUUCUUAAACGAAGGCUUCGCACGGUUUUACCAAUACUUCGCCAGUGCAGUGACUCAACAGCUUCUCGACUGGGAGCUGGAGAAGCAUUUUAUUGUGGAGCAGGUUCAUACCGCUCUCUUAGCAGACUCUACAACUGGCGCUCAAGCUCUUACCUCAACAGCUACUACUGCUUCACAGGUUUCCGGCAAGUUUAGCACCAUCAGCUACAACAAGGGGGCCAGCAUUUACCGGAUGAUCGAAACGAAUAUUAUGGGUUCAGAUAACUUCAUUUAUGGCAUCAGAGAUUAUCUAACUGAAAAUCAGCUAACAGGAACAGUACCAGAUGAUUUAUGGACCUCAUUGGCCAAAUUCGUGCCUUCCGUAGCACUCCCCAACAAUACUGGGCUCAGCACGGUGCUAGAAAACUGGGUGGAACUGAGUGGACAUCCUGUUGUUACAGCGACCAAAAGGGGAAACGACAUCAUUUUAAGCCAGGAACGAUUCCUCUUGAGCGGAAACGACACCACUGAGUACUACGUUCCGAUCACCUACACCGUAUCCAGUGAUGUAACCAAGUUCUCCAACACAACAGUUAAGGCUUGGCUAGUGCCAGGUGAGACUCUCACCCUAUCAAACGUCCUGGAGGACAGUUCCUGGAUCAUCCUCAACAACAGACAAUCGGGCUUCUAUCGAGUGAACUAUGACAGCAGUCUAUGGUCGGCAAUAUUAGCGCAACUGAGCAGCAACCAUUUGGUAAUUGAUGUGCUAAAUAGGGCGCAAAUAGUCAGCGACGCCUACAACUAUGCUAGAGCGGGCCGGAAUGGAGGCUACGGAACUUGGAACUACACUGAUGCGAUGCUCGUUCUCAAAUACUUGGAAAAUGAAGUCGACUACUACCCGUGGUAUGCUGCGAUUAUCGGAAACAACCAUCUUCUACAGCGAAUCGGAUACGAUAGCGAGGAAGGCCAGAAAUUCACCGCCUGGAUGUUGAAGCUGAUGCAAAAGGUCUACAGCACAGUGCCGUUCGACACUCUUGAUAGCUCCAACCAGGUCUACACGAUGAAGCAAAUCUUGAUCUUGGCCAGAGUUUGCCGGUAUGGAGAUGCGGAUUGCAUCAGCUCUGCUAAGCGACUGUUUGCCAACUACCGGCAAAAUGGAGUGAGCGUGCCCAAGAACUUGAGGACUGUGGUCUACUGCAACGCUUUGAGGCACAGCGACGACGUCCAGGGCGACUUCGACUUCUUGUGGCAGCAAUACACCCAGACUAAGCUGAGCUCGGAAAUUAUGACCAUCUACAGUGGGCUGGGUUGUGCGGAAAACACCACAGUGUUGAAAUGGUAUCUGGGCCAAACGAUCAACUCCACUUCAGGAAUAAGAGUGCAGGAUUUCACCUCAGUGUGGUCGUACGUUUACAGCAGUGGCAAAACUGGAACGCUCGCAUCUUUGGAGUAUAUUGAAGAAAACUAUGCAGCACUCAAAGACACAUACAGCAAUGUGGGCUCCCUAAUUUCCGGCAUUUCGAACUACAUAUACGACGAAGAACAACUGGCUAAGCUGUCCGCCUUGUCUAACAUUACUGGAUUAACGCUAAGUCAUCAAACAUCUGUUGAAACUGCUCUGAAUUCCAGCGCAAACGCCAUAACUUGGGCCCAGCUUCUGAAGGAAGACAUCGUGACUUAUUUGGACGCAGAAGAUGCUGCAGCAGGAGUGGCAAUGUCUAGAUCCUCCUCUUGUUUGUUACUGUUUGCCCUGCUGGCAUUGUUGAAUAGAGUGUUUUAGUGAU